GUUGGUUCUUUACCCCAUAUACCCCUCCCUAUCACGCCAGAAACAUUUCAUUUCUCUUCCAGCAAAUCGAAACGGCUCGCGUUGUUCACAGUCACACUCUCACUCUCACUCUCUCACUCACACUCACACCAUUGUAUAGAAGAUUAGAGAGGGAGAACCCUAAACUAAAACCCUAAAAUUCCAUUGCAGCAAGCAAAGGCAUUGAUCGAUCUGCAUGGGUCACGUAGGUUCCAGCAAGGACGGCACCGAGGCUGGGCCUUCCGCCGCCGCGAUGGGCAUCGACGACGACGAAGACAUCGACCUCGGCGACGUCGAUCUCGACCCGACCAACGCCGAAAUCCUCGAAGAGCUCGGUGAAGACAUUGUGAAAUACUGGUGCAAGAAAGCGUCGAUGCUCUUCUUCAACGAGUACGGUCUGAUCAGCCACCAGAUCAACUCCUUUAACCACUUCAUCCGCACAGGCCUCCAAAAAACCUUCGAAUCCUUCGGAGACCUAGUCGUAACGCCCGGGUUCGACCCUUCCAAGAAGGGAGAAAACGAACACUUCCGUUACGCCUCCGUUAAGUUCGGCAAUGUGAAGCUCGAUAAACCUAUGUUCUGGGGCGGUGAAGGGAACGCGCAGGAGUUUAAGAUGCUUCCCAGACACGCGAGAAUCCAGAGGAUGACCUACGCUUCCAAAGUCAAAAUCCAAGUUAAAGUUCAGGUGUAUGUUCCGAAGAAGGUACGGAGUGAUAAGUUCAAGACUGGGAAAGCGGAAUUCCUUGACAGGGAGGUUAUGAAGGAAGACGAGAGGGAAAUCAUCAUUGGGAGAUUGCCAGUCAUGGUCAAGUCUGAUUUAUGCUGGAUGAAAGAGGCGGAGAAGGAGGAUGAUGAAUUUGACCAUGGAGGUUAUUUUAUCGUUAAGGGUGCAGAGAAGACUUUUAUUGCACAGGAGCAACUGUAUUUAAAGAGGCUAUGGGUUAUGAAUAGUCCAGGUUGGAUGAUUGCCUACAAGUCACAGAUGAAGAGAAACAGGAUGGUUAUUAAACUGGUAGGAAAUUCCAGGGGUGAAGAAGUGGAGAAUGGGGACAUGUCUCUUGCUGUAUAUUUUUUGUCUGUUGAGGUUCCUGUGUGGGUACUGUUUUUCGCUCUCGGUGUCUCAUCUGACAAAGAGAUUGUAGAUCUCAUUGGUUGUGGCAAUGAUGAUGUCAGAAUUCAGAAUAUUCUCUUUGCAUCUGUUCGGGAUGCUGAUGAGAAAUGUGGAGCAUUUCGAAGAGGUAGGCAUGCAGUUCAAUAUUUAGAAAAAUGUGUAAAAAGUGUUCAAUUUCCACCUUCGGAGUCUAUGCAGGAGUGCCUUGAAAUGUAUGUCUUCCCUGGAAUUAGUGGUUUGAAUAGAAAGGCGCGCUUCCUUGCAUAUAUGGUGAAAGGUCUCUUGCUGGCUUAUACUGGCCGCCGAAAAUGCGACAACAGGGAUGAUUUUCGAAAUAAGAGGCUUGAAUUGGCCAGUGAGCUUCUUGACCGUGAGUUGAAAGUGCACAUUGCACAUGCCCGGAAGCGAAUGGCAAAAGCUUUGCAGAGAGACCUUUAUGGAGAUAGGGAUGUACGCCCAAUUGAGCAUUAUCUCGACGCGUCCAUAAUUACAAAUGGCUUGCAAAGGGCAUUUUCAACAGGAGCGUGGUCUCAUCCAUACAAGAGGAUGGAAAGGAUCUCAGGUGUGGUUGCAAAUGUUGGGCGCACUAAUCCCUUACAAACCAUGGCUGAGUUAAGAAGAGCGAGGCAGCAGGUCCAGUACACAGGAAAAGUUGGGGAUGCUAGAUAUCCGCAUCCUUCUCACUGGGGCAAGGUUUGUUUCCUCUCUACCCCAGAUGGUGAAAAUUGUGGACUAGUAAAAAAUUUGGCUGUCACAGGAUUAGUAAGUACUGAUGUAUCGGCAGUAUCUGAAUAUAUACUGCCUAAAUUGCUGGAUUGUGGAAUGGAAGAACUUGUUGAUGAUACUUCCACUCAUCUUGGGAACAAGGACAAAGUUCUCCUAAAUGGCGAUUGGGUUGGAGUGUGUCCUGAUUCCAGUUCAUUUGUGGCAGAGCUACGAAGCAGAAGACGUAGAAAUGAACUGCCUCAUCAGGUGGAAAUCAAGAGAGACCAAUCUCAACAUGAAGUGCGCAUAUACUCGGAUGCAGGAAGGAUUCUACGUCCUCUUUUGGUGGUUGGUAAUCUACUCAAGAUUAAAGGAUUUAAAUCAGACUGUAACUCUUUCCAGUCUCUAUUGGAUAAAGGUGUGAUUGAGCUGAUUGGACCGGAAGAAGAGGAAGACUGUUGUACAGCCUGGGGUGUUGAGUAUUUAUUUGGAAAAGAAGGAAAACGAUCUGUAAAGUACACUCAUUGUGAACUUGAUAUGUCAUUCUUAUUGGGUUUAAGCUGUUCACUUGUACCAUUUGCUAAUCAUGACCAUGCGAGGAGGGUACUCUACCAGUCUCAGAAGCACUCCUCACAGGCAAUUGGCUUUUCUACAACAAACCCGAACAUUAGAGUUGAUACUUUGUCUCACCAGUUACACUAUCCCCAAAAGCCCCUUUUUCGAACAAUGGCUUCAGAUUGUCUUGGAAAACCAGACAAUUCACUUGGUCAAAAUAAAAUAAGUAAAAUACCUCCAAAGGCAGAAUUCUAUAAUGGGCAGAAUGCAAUUGUGGCUGUUAAUGUACAUCUGGGAUACAAUCAAGAGGAUUCCCUUGUGAUGAACCGUGCUUCACUGCAGCGUGGUAUGUUCAGGUCUGAGCACAUAAGGAGUUACAAAUCUGAAAUCGAUAAUAAGGAAUCUUCAGAUAAGAAGCGAAAACCUGAAGACAUUGUAAAUUUUGCAAAGCUACAAAGUAAAAUUGGCCGAGUUGAUAGCCUUGAUGAUGAUGGCUUUCCAUAUGUUGGUGCUAAUUUGCAGAGCGGUGAUAUUAUUAUUGGGAAGGGUGCUGAAUCUGGUGCAGACAAUAGUGUAAAGUUAAAGCACACUGAAAGGGGUUAUGUGCAAAAGGUUGUGCUGUCUUCAAAUGACGAAGGGAAAAAUUUUGCUGUGGUUUCAUUAAGACAGGUUCGAAGUCCCGUUCUUGGAGACAAGUUCUCCAGUAUGCAUGGACAAAAGGGAGUUUUGGGAUUUCUGGAGUCUCAGGAAAAUUUUCCUUUCACAAGACAAGGCAUUGUUCCUGAUAUUGUCAUAAAUCCACAUGCAUUUCCCUCACGACAAACUCCUGGGCAACUCCUAGAGGCUGCUUUAGGAAAGGGGAUUGCUUGUGGUGGCAUACUGAGACAAGCUACGCCUUUCUCCACACCUUCUGUUGAUGCCAUUACUGAACAGCUUCACAGAGCUGGGUUUUCAAGAUGGGGAAAUGAGAGGGUAUACAAUGGAAGGACUGGUGAGAUGGUUCGAUCACUCAUUUUUAUGGGACCAACAUUUUACCAACGUCUGCACCAUAUGUCUGAAGACAAAGUGAAAUUCCGGAACACUGGUCCAGUUCACCCGUUGACCCGACAGCCUGUAGCUGACAGAAAACGAUUUGGAGGUAUCAAGUUCGGUGAGAUGGAGCGUGAUUGCCUAAUAGCUCAUGGUGCAUCAGCCAACCUGUAUGAACGCCUGUUUACACUCAGUGACUCCUCUCAGAUUCAUAUCUGCAGCAAAUGCAAAAAUGUUGCAAAUGUGAUCUUGCGGCCUGUCUCUGGUGGCCGGAAAAUACGAGGACCUUAUUGCCGCCACUGUGAAUCUGCGGAUGACAUUGUGGUGGCUCAUGUCCCGUAUGGAGCAAAGUUAUUAUGCCAGGAGCUCUUUAGCAUGGGCAUAAAUCUUAAAUUUGAAACCCAACUUUGCUAGACAAACACUAAUGGUCUCUUUUGUUCAUUUCUCCCUUAAAUGAAUUUCAGUGUAGAUAUUACUUUCGUUCGCCGAUGUUUCUUUGAAUGCCUGGCAAUUAGAAGUACUGGAUCUCUUUUAUCUUGUUACUGA